AUGGCAGGAAAAGUAACUGCAGAGGGAAAUCCGAUUGUUGUUUCUUCGGGAAGUAGCUCGAAGACGACAGUCGGUUCACCAACUGGCGAUGGAGUGCGCGAUGUGCGCGACGACCGUAGUUGGAAAGCUUAUGUUUCACAGAUGGAUUCUACCUUAGCAAAUUCGCUACUGGUGAACGGAGAGGACUUAAGUAUGGCGUCCAAUCUUGGGUUUUUGUACGACUAUUACGAAGUCACCGAGGAGUCAAACCCAGCACCCCCUUCUCCUUCUAAUCAGGGGUACGUUUUUUUACGCCAUGUUUGGUUUAGAUAGUGACACAAAUCCUGUGUAACUCAUCGCAGUGUAAGGGACCGAUCAGAACUGUUUAUCGUUAGCCUUUUUUCAUAUCCCAUGUGGUUAAUAAAACCUGGCGAACCAAAGGGUGGAUUGAUGAAUGUAAGCUUUUAUGCUUGCUUUGAUGUUAAGCUUAUAUAACAUUUAUAGAAGUCGCUGUAGGUUUUUUCCUCUGGAUCAUUAAAACCAGUAGUGUUUUGAUGUGUCAUAAUCAACUGUACGCGUCGAUGGAUCAUGUUUUGACAAAUACUUUUUUGUUGUCAGGAAAAAGGUAUUUACUUUGUGAUCCGUACAUUUAUAUUUUAUGUCCCGCUUUGAUUCAAGAUGUUGGGCCAAGUUCAUGUAGUUUUACUUUUUAUUACAUAAUAUUAUAUGCAUAGGAACAGGAAGCACGCAUCACGAGAGGCAAGUCUCAGUGACACUUACAGACUUAAUAUUUGCCUCUGGAGAUGUUACAAAAUAUAUUUAGUUAAAGUCUUCUCAAGGUCUAUUGAGUUGGACCAUGUGUGCAUUUGUAGAUGACUUAGGUUAUCAUUAGUUCAAACGUUGGAAAGCGCUUUCCCCCAGAUAAAAAUCUGUCCAGUGGAUAACGCAAUGAUAUUGGUCUCCCUAAUACUUAUCCGCUGGAUAGUGAUUUAUCCGGUACAUAGCGCUAUCCAACGUUUGAACAAUGGGGGCUAGGAUGGUAAAGGACCGGAGACGUCAAAACCUUGUGUGACAAGCAUGACAGUAAUUAUGUUUGAAAAAAUGUUCUGUCAAACUUCCUUGUAACAAAUCUUUUUGUAAAAGACCAGAACACAGUCAUGUUAAGUGCAUCCUUGGAGACCCAAGGGCAGUCAGUCGGGCUGGGAGAAAAGGUGCGACAAAAGUUUUCAAGCGCGGGUGGAAGAGCCCCUGGGUACUGACUCUCACCAGACCAUUUCCAAAGGGUCAAGCGAAUGCUGGCUCCUGAUUGGGCACAAAAAUGCUUUGUAUUAUUGUGCCCAAUCAGCAAAUAGCAUCUCCAGAGUUAUUUUCAUGAGUUCGUACACGACAGCUAUUGACUCGAUCACGGCCUGUCUGGUUCAUGCACCAAAGAAAUGAAUGUAGUCAGGAAACUUUCAGUUUGAUAUAAACUCCCCAUUUUAAAGUACUGCCUACCCUAAAACUAAAACAAGAAAAUGUACUUAAGUGUAUUUUUAUUACAACAGGUAUUCACGAUUACGUAAAUAUUAGGGAGUUUAAGAUAUGACGAUAGCUGAUGGCCUCAAAAAUGUCGCUUGAAAAGUGAAUUCGCGUUUUUUCAGUCUCUAUCGUAAUUAUUCCAACAUACUUACUUUGACCUGACUGACUGCCUCUAGGUCUCCGAGGAUAUGUUAAGAGAAGAUCGCAGUGAAACACGCAACUAAUAGCCCUGUCAUGUUAGUUGCACACAGAUUUUCUGCCUUUCUCUUCUUUCUACUGUCCUAUUGGAUAAGUAAACUACAGUGGUAGCUCUCUUAAUGGACACUGUGGUAAACAGAUUGGACAGUUCUACUUAUGGCUGCGUUAACAAAACACUGUUAUUCUCAACUCCCAUACAAACUCUAUAUUUUUACAUUCACCAGUUAUGGACACUUUUUGCGUGUUCCAAGGGUGUCUGCUUACGAGAGCUCCCACUGCACAAUUAAAGCAGACCUCUUGCAUACACUAGCCUUGGGCUAUAGGACAUGACUUUCUUUGCGUGCGGCCGCUUUUUUUUGUUUAUCUAUACUGACCAAGAGCCUGGCACAGGCCACAUUAAGGUUGCCCUCAAAGUACAAGGCAGAUGAGGUAGUCUGCUUCCCAGAGGCUCAUACAAUCUAUAUUGGAACUGUAUAUUCCUAUAGUACAUCUGGGGGGAACGGUGGACAGGCAAAUUCAUCAGCUGGAAACAAUCACUCUCAAGGAGCAAACAGUGAUUCUGAUUCUGGGAGUCCAUCACAAUCUGAGGUAAGCCAUUAG